UAGCAAGCUUUGUUUUCAUAAAAAAGACAUUCAAUAUAAUUAAGAUAACCUGUUCAGAGUCAGUACUUAAUUUAAAACUUUGCAGCUGCGAGGCAGGUGCAUUCCCUGAAGGAUAAUCCUGAAUAGUCCUUGGACUUUAUCAUUUAAGCGGUAUGUUUGACUCUCUGAUUGGACGCUCUCGGUUCUUGUACUGCCUGAUCCAUGGGCCUGAAAGCGAGGAGAAUAUGCGGAUCCGACUCAUCCGUCGUGUGAUUAGCUUCUUCGUUGGCCUCCUUCUAGGGUACUUGCUCUGGAAACUGGUCGCCCUGAACUUCAGUUUCACCCGGGGGCUCUUGGACUUUUCCGCCCUGAUGAUCUUCGUCUUGUUUAUUGCAACAAUGUUUGCCAUAAGCUGCGGAUUUCGCACAGUGACCCUGUUGAUUUUUGUGGCUUUGCUGGGCAGGUCGGGCAGGACAUAUCUCCGGGCCGUGGCCUUCGCCUUUAUUAUAGCCGGGCCUAUCGACAACCUAGUGGCUAAUGCCGGUGAAGUUGCACGAGUCUUUGAGUGCACUACGGUGCUGACCUAUAACCUCUCAAAAACCCGCUUCGAUCUGAUGGCCAAGCCCUUUACGAACACGCUCCAGAACAUGAGCGAGGAUAUGGAGGAAGUCCGGAAGACCUUCGCCGAGCUUCAGGGUGUCCUCACGGAUCUCAAGUACGCCGUGGAGCAGUCGGACAUUGAGGAUGACAAAUUCGGAGACGAAGAUGCCAAAAACCUAUUCCGAAGAUUGGCCAGAGAGACCCACACAAAGAACAUCACGGAUCAGGAUAAUUUGGGGGGCAAGGAGCUUCCCUCGUCCGACGAAGUGCAGGAUCGUUUUCUGAGAAACAUGAGGAACCGAUGUAAGCAUCAGCUCCGGAGUGGCCAUCGGGCUUGCCAGGAGGUCUUCCGCCAGGGCUACCGAAAGUGUACCACCAACUUCCCUUCCCUGAUUUCCAAGGCUAUUUGCUGGCCCUACCGGGUGGACGUAAUCUGUGAAAUAGAUCUCUUCGGGGAUCCGGACAAGAUAUGCGAUCCCUCUGACGUGGUGCCGCGUAACUUCGGGGAGACAUAUGUGGAGCUGCUGCGGGCCGAGCAGGAGCUGUUUGACAACAGCUCUCAGAUAGAGGUUUCCUACCAGCUGAAGAACGAAGAGGUGGCCAAGAGUCACAUUCAGUCAGCCCAGCGCACCUCGCAGGCCUUCGCUGAGGACUUUGAACGACGUCGACGUAUCUUCACCGGCAUCAUGAGUGUCCUGCAGAAGUUUCUGUGCUUGUUUAUCUUUCGGAUGGUCUACGCCUCCAUUCACUAUUUCCUGAAGUACCGCAGUGACGUGGAGUUUGAUAAUUUUUACAUCACUGACUACUUCAGACAUGUGGACGAACGGCGACGAAAAAUUAGGAGUGACACUGCCAUCCUGCCACUUCGCACCUACGAAAAGUCGAAGUAUAUUGAUCUGAAGAAGAUCUGCAGUCGCACCUACGAGGAGUCCAGCACCGUAAACUACACCCUUGCGCAGCUUCUCCUGGAACUGAUCUCCGCCGGGCUGUUUAUCAUGCUGGAUAGGAUUGUGGUGGAGCUGCUCCUGAUCAUUCGUAAUAGAUCCUUGAUUACGUACCACCAGGAGGGUGAGCAUGAAGUGCGGUUUCAUAUCAGUGGAGCUGGUCAGAUGGCCCGCCUCCUGCGCACCACAAUGCACAAUUUCAACAUCCACGAACGCGUCUCCACCUCGUUGACCAAUCAGGAGUGUCUUCCCAAUCCUCAUGUGUUGCCCCAAAGUUUCUACUACAAACUUUUUCUUCUCUACGUGACGAUUGUGAUCUUGAUCUACCAUUCCACCACAUUUCUACGGAUGCGCCGCCUGGUCUGUAGCUAUUUCUACUUCAAGCGCGAAAAGCAGCGCAUUCUGUUUCUGUACAAUCGCAUCCUCCGCGAAAGGAUGAGUGCCCUUGAGAAUUUAAUGAAGGACGCGGAGCAUAAUUGGUCAACCUACUGUAUUCAGCGGACAAUAAACCCUUUUCUCCGGCUUCGGCUGAGUUUUCCCGACUAUUUUGGAUGGCUGCGUCAUUUCCGUUGCAGCAACUACACUUGCUUCGUCUGUCGAGACGUCGAAGAUGAAACGUUUAUCACGUGCCCCACCUGUGGACUGCCUUACUGUGAGUCCUGUGCCGAGGACCUUAAGAAUUCCUGCCUCCACUGUGGCACUGCACUCCACAAGUCGAAACAAAUCGUACACUGGGCUUCAGAAGAUGAAAGCAGUGUGGAGAUUUACUCGUACCGAAAAAAGAAGUAGAGAUUUUAUUUCAUUGGCUGUCAUUUUUAUACAAAAUGGAUUUUAAAUGUAACCAUCAUCAUACUGUAACUUUGAUGUACAAAUAAAGUUAUGUACUCCCACAAUCAGAAACAAAA